CAGAGAUUUUUUGUUUCUGUUAUGUUAUUUGCCCGUCACCGGGAAAUUAGACUUCCUGGCCAAGGCUGUCCCCGGCGCCUCCUUCCCAAUGCUCUUCUCCUUCCGGAGAGCAAAAGCUUCAAGAUUUCACCUUUCAUCCGCCUUUCACCUCCUCAAACCUCCGGCUUUCCACCUCUCCACCGCCGCCGAACCCCACCGCACAAGCCCGACAGAACCCCUGACCAAACUAGAGCUCAAAGCGCUCGUUCUCUCCCACUGCAACCACGGCCGGUUCCACAACCUCCUCCGCGGCGUCGUCGCCUCUCCCUCCGUCCUCCUCGCUGCCUGCAACAGCCUCAGAUCCAAUGCGGAGCCGCUCGAUUUCGAUUCCGUCUCCGCCCGAUUCUUCUCCGUCGAAGAACUCGCGGCCCAAAUCUCCGAUGACCGGCUGGAAAUCGAGUCCUGCUGCCGCCAAAUCCCGCCGCCGGCGGGGAGAGGUAAGCCGCUUGUUCUUCCCAAUUUGAAGCUCAAAGUUGUAAUGGAAGCUAUCAGGAUGGUUCUAGAAGUCGUAUAUGAUGAUCGAUUCGUCACCUUCUCCUAUGGCGGCCGGGUCAAUUUGGGCCGGCACACUGCAAUUCGGUACCUGAAGAACUCAGUAGAAAACCCUAGCUGGUGGUUUACUGUUUCAUUCAAUCCCGAAAGAUUCGGGAUCAAUCAUAUAACCAGGCUUUGCUUAGUCAUAGAAGAGAAAAUCAAAGACAAACCCUUGAUUGAUUUAGUGAAGAGAUUGUUUCAAUCUCAAGCUAUUAGCAUUGAUUUUGGUGGUUUUUAUUUAGGCAGAGGGCUUCCCCAAGAAUGCAGGUUGAGCUCAAUCUUCAUCAACAUUUAUUUCAACUCGUUCGACAAGGAAAUUCAAGAAAUGAGGCAAAAAACAAAUCUUGAAAAUCCAAAUCUGAAACUUGGGAUUCGUUAUGGUACCACAUUCUAUAAGCCCCCAAAGAUAUACACAGUUAGGUACCUGGAUGAGAUUCUUGUGAUCACAUCUGGAACAAAGCCGAUGACAAUGGAUUUGAAAAGCCAUGUCGUCAAGAUUUUGGAGAAGAACUUGGGGUUGAGCAUCAACAAAGCUGAAACGGUCAUCCAUAGCCCUGUUUCUGAAAAGAUUGAUUUUUUAGGAAUGGAGCUUCAAGCUGUCACACCAUCUGUCCUACAUCCUCCAAUGUCAGAGAAGGCAAUGAGGGCAAGAAAAAAGCAUCUGAGGCAGAGAGAGGUUCAGCUCAUGGAACUGAGAAACCGGAGAGAGAUGAACAGGAAGAAGUUGGGAAUGAAGAUACUAACCCACUCCUUCAAGAAACUGAAGCGCAGCGAAGAUGGGUUCAAAUUCGACUUCCAGAUUGAAGAUGAAGUGAGACAAGUUUUCAAGAUAUGGUCAGAAGAAGUCGUGAAACAGUUUUUAGAAUCUGUUGAUGGUCGCUGGGAAUGGCACCGCCACCUGACUGCCGGUGAUUUUCUUUCAUUGGAAAGGAUCAGAGACAAACUACCCCAAGAACUCAUUCGCGCCUAUGAUGAUUUCCAAGAACAGGUUGAGAAAUUCUUGAAUCCCACCAAAGCCAAGAAGGCAAUAGAAAAGGAAGCAAGAAGAUUGGAGGAAGAAGAGGAGAGGAAGUAUUCCAAGAGAACAGUAGACGAUUUGACAAAGCUAUGCAUAAAAGCCGAUGCGCCGAUAGAAGCCAUAAGAAAAGCAGUCAAAAUGACUGGUUUCACGAACCACAUGGGCCGUCCCAGGCCAAUUAGUUCACUUGUAGGUCUUGAAGAUGUGGACAUUGUCAAGUGGUACGCCGGAAUAGGGAGAAGAUGGCUUGAGUUCUUCUGCUGUUGUCACAACUUCAAGACNAAGCACGAGUCCACCAAGCGCGAAACCAUUAGACACUUCACCAAAGAUCUCAAGGUUUUGAAUGUCAAUGGAGACGAAGAAGUUCACUUCCCUGCAGAAAGGGAGGUGAAGACAAUGGGAGAUAAGGCAUUGUCGGAUCCAAACCCUGUGGAUGGGGCCCUCACUAUGGUCUGUUUGAGGUUGGCUUCCCAUGAGCCUUCGCUUCUCUGUUCGGCUCAUUUUUGCAACAGGGAUGAUACCACUGUCUACCGGAUACGGAUCAACCCGUUGGAUGAAAAUGGGGUGCCCGGAAUGAGCUCGGUUCACUGUAGCUUGAACGGGAAGUGUCUCCCGUUAUGCCCUGUCCACAUAAGUGAACUGUACUUGGGUAAAAUGAACCUUCAAGAUGUUGAUUGCAGCUUGGUUCUCAGUUUUUGAACUAAUGUAGCUUUGAUUCUUUGGGUUUCUGUCUCACAUAUUGAAAUGUAGUAAAAGUAGUGGCAGUGGCUGAAGGUGACAGUCAAAUUCUUCUAAUUUUUUGAAAUCAAAGGUCAAAAGAACCAUUGUGAUGUCCUACGUAUAAGGUUGUUUUCGAUAUAUUAUAUUGAAAAGCGAUGGUUACAACUUAUUCAAAAAAGAAAUAUUUAGAGCACGU